CACAGAUUGUUUCAAGAUAGCCACACCAAACUACGGGAUUAAGGAUGGCAAAUCUUGCCUUCCUGGUCUUGUUUGCAUCCCUACACGCCGUGACUGCUAAACACGGCUCACCAGCCCCCGCCCCAACACCAGAAGUGCCAAGCUACAUUAGUUCUCCAGCCGCGGCCCCAACACUGGGAAUGCCAAUUUCAGCCCCACAUACCCCUCAAAGUUUUAGUCCAAGCUACAUUAGUUCUCCAGCUGCCGCCCCAACACCGGGAAUGCCAAGCUCAGACCCACGUACCCUUCAAAGUUUCAGUCCAAGCUACAUUAGCUCUCCAGCGACAGCCCCGACACCAGAAAUGCCAAGCUCAACACCACAUAACCCUCAAAGUUCCAGUCCAAGCUACACUAGUUCCCCAGCUGCCUCCCCGAGUAACCCUUCCUCAAGCGAGAUACUUGCAUCGAGCGUACCAAGUCCAUAUUCAAGUCCACCGAACUUUCAAGAUCGUUCUUCACAUGACGCUACUCCUGCCGCCGCCCCGAGCUACAGCUUCCCUAGCUCGGCCCCGGUUCCGAGUCCGCAAGAUUCUUUACCAAGCUACAUUUCUCCCCUUGCCGCACCAACACCAAGCCCACCGAGCACGGCUACACUGAGCCCCGCAAUGCCAACCCCCUCUCCAUCUACAAACCUGAGGCUCAAAGUCGGCUACUACAAGCGCUCAUGCCCACAAGCAGAAAAUAUCAUCAGGGCGGCCGUCAGGAGUGCCACGUCAAAGAACCCCGGCAUUGGUGCAGGGUUAAUUCGAUUACACUUCCAUGAUUGCUUCGUCCAGGGUUGUGAUGCAUCCGUCCUCCUCGAUCCGACACCGACAAACCUGCAGCCGGAGAAACUCAGCCCUCCCAAUGUCCAAAGCCUCCGUGGCUUCGAAGUGAUCGACUUAGCAAAGAAGGCACUUGAGAAGGUGUGCCCUGGUAGGGUCUCAUGUGCCGACAUAAUCGCCUUGGCUGCCAGAGAUGCAUCUUUAUUUCUAAGUAGUGGAAAGAUCAAUUUCCAGAUGCCGGCGGGACGCCUCGAUGGUCGUGUGUCCCUCUCCAGCGAGGCACUUCAAUUCCUUCCCCCGCCAUUCUCCAACCUCUCGCAGCUCAUCAACAUCUUCAAGGCCAAGAACCUGGAUGAGGACGACCUUGUGGUGCUCUCUGGCGCUCACUCCAUUGGAGUGUCCCACUGCUCGUCCUUCACUGGUUUUCUCGCCCCAAACCCUCCCGCCAUGGACCCGGCCUUCGCUGCCAAAAUUCAGAGCAAGUGUGCAUUGAGGCCGAACGUAUCCAGCGACCCCACGGUGAUGCAAGAUAUUAUGACACCCAACCAGCUAGACAGUCGGUACUACACGAAUAUUCUCAAGCGCAACGUGCUCUUCGCCUCUGACGCGGCGCUAUUAUCGUCGCAGCGGACGACAAUAAAGGUGCUAGAGAACGCGUUUAUACCCAGCAGGUGGGAGAUGAAGUUUGCGAAGGCGAUGGUCAAGAUGGCUGCCAUAGAGCUCAAGACCGCUGCCAAUGGGGAGAUCAGGAGGAUGUGCAGGGUCAUUAACAAUUAGGAUUCCCUGCCAUCGCACUUAAAAAUCGAACAUACACUAUGCUUUACGUGUGUUCCCUUUUAUCUCGUGGCAUUUGUCCUUGUUGGUCGCUUGCAUUUCGUUUUCUGAUUAAGUAGCUAGAAGCAUGUUAUUGUUACAUUACAUCGUUUAAUCAAGACAUGUAUUGAACUGUACUUGGGCAUGUAGAUGCCCGAAGGAAGUAUUUAUACAUUUUGGCUCAUUUGUCUCAA